AUUGCUUUCAUGUUAUUUGUGAUUACACUUACCUACUCUAAGCAUAACACUGCAUAGUCGAAAAAUCCACGUUUCCAGGAGGAAAUUUCGCACUUUUUGAAAUAAUCAAAAUAAUGAGAUCUAAAAACCAACAAAUAACUCCGCACACAAAAGCUUAGGGAAAAAUCAUUUGGUUACCCUGCGGCAGCCAUUUUUAAAUGGGCAUCAACUCAUUUUGACAGUUCAUUAGAUUCCCUCAUGGCGAGUGACAAACAUAAAAGAAGUUUUACUUUAUAUCAAUGAAAAAACAAGAAGAAGAACCCGGUGUUAAUUUUGUACCUCAACUGAAAUUACUAGUUUUUUAUAAGUUCAAAACUUCAUGUUCAAAUGAUUAAAAAUUUGAUCAUUCACAACCCAUUAAAAUAUAAGAUAAAAAUCGGUUUCCUCGUUUAGUGAUUGAUGGAGUCAUGUAAAAACAUGGCGCAAUGGGUUGGCUAUUUGGUUUCAAUUAAAUGUGCUGAUGAUAUUGGAACCUUUCAAGGAGAGAUUAUCUCAGCAAGUGCAUCGGCAAUAACUUUAACUAAAGUAUUUUGUAAUGGAUUUCCUUGUGAUCAAAAUGAAAUAAAAAUCAGAGCUGAUUGUAUCUUAGAUUUAAAAUUAAUUGACAAACAAAAAGACAAUUUAGAGGAGCCUAGCAUUAUUACUAUAGCAAAACCUAUUGCUAAAAGGGUUACAAGGACUCAGAGUACAUCAGAAACACAUAAUACAAUUAAUAAAAACCCAGAAAGUACUGGAGUACAUAAUAAAUCUAAACCUAUUGAUAUAGAGGUAAAGCCAUCAAAUGAACCAACAAACAAUUCUUUUAAAAAUAAUACCCCAAACAAAAAAGAAAAAAUCAAUAGAAAAUGGAUGAAAGGUUGGAAAGAUGAAGAAUGUUUUGGUAUGUCAAUGGAACAGAGCAAUAUCAGUAAAGAUUUUGAUUUUGAGAAAAAUUUAGCCCUUUUCAAUAAACAAGCUAUUUGGGAGGAAAUUAAUGCUCAUAAACCAGAUGUUGUGAAACAUCUUUAUAAUAGAAAGCCUACAAAAUAUAGACAUGAUGAAAACGUUAUAACGACAUGUCCGGCUUCAUACAGACAAAUAACAGUACCGAAACAAGAUUUUUGUGAAUACGUAACUGAUGAUGGUUUGAUUAUACCCAGUAUAUCCAGGGCAUUAAGAAGACGGUUGUGGGAAGUUGCCGAAAGAGUUGGUCUUACAUGGGAAAAGAGGAUAGACUUGAUAGGAAGGGCAGCUUGCGAAAUAUCUAUACAACUUUUGGGCGGCGGACAUAGAUUAAAUCCACGUAACACACAUCAGUGGCCCACUGUUGUUUUGUUAUGCGGACCUCAUAAACAAGGAGCUAUUGGAGUAAACACUGCCAGACAACUAGCAAGUCAUGGUGUAGAGACUAUAGUGUUCACAGUAUCCAUGGAUGCAGCAAUAUUGAAAAAAGAAAUUUCCCUGUACAUGUUAACAAAGAAUAGAGUACUGAAUAACGUAUCUGAUUUACCAACUGUUUCGGAUUUAAUAAUUGUGGCACUUUGUGAAGAUACUGAUAAUCCCAAGCAUUAUCCCUUACUGUCUGAUUGGGUAAACAAAAAUAAGGCCCCCAUUUUAGCAUUGGAUCCUCCUCCUACUGGAACUCCGGGUAUAACUCCGAAAUUCUCAUUGCUACCAGUAUUACCCUUACCACAUUCAUCCAAUAAUGGAAAAUUAUAUUUAUGUAAUUUGGGUUUCCCCGUUGAUAUAUUCAACGAAGUCGGGAUAAAAUAUAAAUCUCCUUUUGGACCUAAAUUUGUAAUACCUUUACACCCAAAAGAAGAUUAAAACAUACUAAGCAUAAUUAUUGGUAUAAUGUUAAAAAGUCUAGAUAUAUUUUGAAAAGUGCUUUUUUAUUAAUUUUUCAAGAUAUUUAUAAGAGAAACGUUUGCUGUAAGCGACUCUUCCAAUGAAUCAUGAUUAUUAUUGAUUUUCAUAUGAUUGACUGUAUUUUUAUAAAUUUGACUUGAAUUUCAUCGAAUUGAACUUUGUCAUUGUUAUAAUAAAAAUUAAUUUAAAAA